CAGCGAUUGCAACUCUGUCGUAGCGUCAUAUUUUAUUUUAGCGCCAGGAGUUGCGGACUGUGUUAAGGAUUUUAAAUAAGUUUCUCGCUUAAUUUUAAACAAAUUUUGUUGCUAAUAUGCGACCCAGCCUGGGUACGCCCCAGGGACGCGGCGGCUGUCGCACCAGUGUCGGCGCACGCCAAACCCACCAGCAAAUGAUGAAGGCACAACAAGAAGCAGAUGAUGCCGCCGCCAUGGACGCUUUGGAUGACGCGCUAAUCUUCGAUGACGAGGAGGGGGGCACACGCAUUGGCGAUAUCUAUAUACCUCCGCCAGUGCCGCCGCAUUGCUCCAUGGAGAGCGUCGGCCCACGUUUGAUAAUCAAACGCAUUGUCAACAACAAUUUCAAGAGCUAUGCAGGCGAGGUGGAGUUGGGUCCAUUCCAUCAUUCCUUUACAGCGAUCAUUGGACCGAAUGGCAGUGGCAAAAGCAAUGUCAUUGACUCAAUGAUGUUUGUGUUUGGCUGUCGGGCAAAUCGCAUACGCUGCAAGAAACUAUCCACAUUGAUUCACCAUUCCAAGAAUUUUCCAAAUCUUAGCAGCUGUUCGGUGGCUGUGCAUUUCGAGCUGGUGGUGGACAAGCCGGACGGAAAGAGCGAACCAGUAGCCGGUUCACAAUUCUACGUACGGCGGACAGCAAUGUCAGAUAAUUCGUCCUUCUAUCAAAUCGAUAAACAACGUGCCCAGCUGAAGGAUGUUGCUAAGCUGCUGAAGAAACAUCAUGUGGAUCUCGAGCACAAUCGUUUUCUUAUACUCCAAGGCGAGGUGGAGUCCAUAGCCAUGAUGAAGACCAAAGGACAAACGGAGAACGAGACGGGCAUGCUGGAGUAUUUGGAGGAUAUUAUAGGAACGCAACGUUAUAUCCGUCCAUUGCAGCAGAUCAACCAGCGUGUGGAUCAGUUGACAGAUGAUCGUACGGAGAAGCAUAAUCGCUGCAAGCUGUCUGAGCGCGAAAUGAAAGAUCUAGAGCAGCCUUACAAUGAGGCUGUGGAAUAUUUGCGCAAGGAAAACGAUUUGGUGCGCACCAAGAAUUGGGUUACCCAGAAGUACAUAAGCAUCAAGAAGCAAAAGCUGGAGGAGUAUACCAAGGAGCACGACGAGUGCAGCAAGGAGAUUAAAAGCCAUGACGAAGGCACUGAGGCACUCAAAAAGGAGCGUGCCGAAAAGGAGCUAAUUAUACGCAAGGAAAUGGAAGCCUAUGAGGCGUUGGUUAAGCAGCGUGAGGACAUCAAGAAGAAGCUGGUGGCCGCGGAGCGUAGCUACACUGAAGUCCAGAGCGCCAUGGAGAAUACGAAUAAGCAGCGCAAAAAGGAUAAAGUUCAAAUCGAAAAAAACGAAAAGGAACUCGAGGAUUUGCGCAAGCUGCCGGAUAAGAACGAGAAAGAGAUCGAAGAAUGUGAACACAAACUCGUACGCCUGGAAAAGGAGAAAGUGACGCUCAACGAGGAGUUGGAGAAACAGCUAACGCUGCUCAAAGAGCAAUCGGAACCCCUAACCGAGAAGCGUCUCAAAUGCAGCGACGAAUUGAUUGGCCUAGAAGAAGCCGUCAAUUCAGCUCGAGAGGAACUGCAGGUGCACGAGUCGAAACUAAAGAUUUUGAAGCAAGUAGAGACUACAGAGGCGCGCAAAUAUGAGUCCUUGAAAAGCUCCUACGAAUCGGCGCAGCAGAGCUUGGAAAGCAUGACCAGCAAAUUGGAGGAGUUAAAAACAAAUGUGCCGCAGCUUGAGGAGGAGAUUAGAACCAAGUCAGCAGAGGUGCAGAAAUUGAGCCAUGAGGAACGCAACUUGGCCGUGCAGUGCGGCAAGCUGCGCGAGGAGAUCAAUGAGCGCUCAUCGAACAUGCAAGCUCAGCGCUCGAAUGAUAAAGUUUUGGACUUCUUGAUGCGCAUGAAGGCGGAAGGCAAAAUACCUGGCAUACUUGGACGCCUGGGAGAUUUGGGUGGCAUUGAUUCCAAAUAUGAUAUAGCCAUAUCGACAGCCUGCGGACGCCUGGAUAAUAUUGUGACGGAUACAUAUGACACAGCCACAGCUGCCAUUAAAGCGCUCAAGGAAUAUAAUGUGGGUCGAGCCAAUUUUAUACCCCUCAACCGCAUGGAGCACUGGCGCAGUAAAUCGUAUCGCAUCAAUACGCCAGAGAACGUGCCUCGCCUUUACGAUCUGGUUCAGGUGGAGGAUGAGCGCGUUAGGACUGCCUUUUAUAUGGCUUUGCAUAACACACUGGUGGCCACGGAUCUGGAGCAGGGCUCACGCAUUGCCUAUGGCCGUGAACGCUUUCGUGUGGUCACGUUGCGUGGUGAGAUCAUCGAGCAGGCUGGCACCAUGUCUGGUGGAGGCAAUAGACCGGUGCGUGGAAAAAUGGGCACACAGGUGCGCACCAAGACCGCCGAGUCCAUGGACAACUCGCAAGUGUCGCAGAAGGCUUUGGAAGAUAUGCAAGUACAGGCCGAGGAGCUGCAGACGCGCAUCAACUAUUGCCAGGAGCAGCAAGGCCGGCUAGAGCAUGAGAUCCAAAUGCUACAAACGAAUUUGCAACGCAGCGAAACGGAGCAAAAGCGUCUAACGAUGAGCAUCAAAUCGCAGCAACAGCAAAUGGCCAGCAGCCUAAAACAAUGCGAAGCUCAGCGCAAAAAGAUGCAAUCUCACACCACAGACGAAGCCGCUGUCAAAGAGCUGGAAGCGCACAUCAAGAAGGCCAACGAGCAGCUGGAAAAGUGCGUCCAGAACGAGCAAGCCAUGUCAAGUAAAAUAAGCGAAGUGCAGGCAGAAUACGAUUCUCUGCGCUCGAAUACCGUAAAGCCCGUGGAGGCGAAACUGAAGAAGACAACCGGACAGAUUGAGAAGCUGGCGGGAAAUGUGCGGUCCUUGAAUGUAGCCUUAACCACAGCGGAGCGUAGCAUUGAACGUUUGAUGAAAAACAACAAUAAUUUAAGAGAUAAUAUAAAAUCGGCAGAAGAUAAACUAAAAUCCCUUAAUGAAGACCGUCAACAGUGCCAGGAGCGCAAGGAAGAACUGGAAGAGGAGGCCAAAAAGGCCGAAGAGGCCAUUGGCAGUGCCAAAUCGCAAUCUUCGGACAUCAAAAAGCAAAUCGAUGAGCUAAGCAAACAGGAGAAUCAACGUAAUCUCGCACGCGUUGAGAUUGAGACGAAGCUGCAGGCGGCAGCGGCCAAGAUGAACGAGGUCAAGUCGGAUAUACCACGUUGGCAGCAGCAACUGAAGCCUCUCAAACUUAAUGAAAUACCAGGAGAAACCAAGCCACUGGCGCCGCUGAAAACACUCACCGAGGAGGAGCUGGAAGCCGAGAGCUUGGAGGACAUGCAGUAUAAGCAAACGCUGCUCGAGGAGCAGCUGAAAACGAAACCCAAUUUGGGCUUCAUCAAAGAGUUCACAGAGAAGCGCCUCAUUUAUCUAGAUCGUGUGCGCGUCUUGGAGGACAUCACAUCGAAGCGUAACGAAAUGCGAGACAAGUACGAGGAGGUGCGCAAACGUCGCUACACAGAAUUCAUGGAAGGCUUCAAUAUUAUCACGCGGAAGCUGAAAGAAAUGUAUCGCAUGAUAACGUUGGGUGGCGAUGCGGAUCUGGAGUUGGUUGACUCAAUGGAUCCCUUUACAGAGGGCGUUCAGUUCACUGUGCGUCCGCCCAAGAAGAGUUGGAAAUAUAUUUCGAAUUUGUCAGGCGGAGAGAAGACGCUCUCCUCUCUCGCCUUAGUCUUUGCUCUGCAUUAUUAUAAGCCAUCACCUUUGUAUUUCAUGGAUGAGAUCGACGCUGCUCUCGACUUUAAGAAUGUAUCCAUUGUGGGACAUUAUAUAAAGGAGCGCACGAAGAAUGCUCAGUUCAUCAUUGUCUCCCUGCGCGUCAAUAUGUUUGAGUUGUCCAACUAUUUGGUAGGCAUAUUCAAGGUGGAUGACUGCACGGAUUCGGUAACUUUGGUUAAUCAUCCGCCUGAUCCAUUGCCGCCGUCCACGCAGUCGCAUGUAACAACCAGCCAGCAAAUAGAUCUAACCUUGGACACUGCCCAGAAUGGAGAGGAAAAGGGGUCAGAGCAGACGGAACAGUCUGACCAGUUGCCGCCCUUGCAAUCAGAGCAGCUGUCGGUCAUGCACUCCGAUCUUUCGAGAGCUUGUGGCAGAGACACAACGUUUGCGCCGCCUCUGGAGAGUACGGUGAUAACGCAGCCAGUGCAGCAAGAGUUGAGUGAAGUGGUUGCCAGUCCCAGUGAGCUAUCCAUUCAGAGUCCGCUGGCCACCAUCAAUGCCUAGGAGCCAUCUACAAAUAUACAAAAUAAACUUAACUAUCUUUACACAUAACUUUAAUAAACAGUACAAAUCAUGAAUUAAUUUCUAAA